AUGUAUAUUAGCAAUAGCAGCAACAUUGGUAUGGCCACAUUGUUGCAAAACAAUAAAAAUUGCAUGAAAUCAUUGGUGGGACAAACAGCAGCAGCAACAACUGGUGGCCAACAACAACAACACAUUAUUGUUGGUGGCAAUGUUGUAAGCACAGGCAUCAACAACAGCAACAACCAUAAUACCACAUUUCUAACAUCAGCCAAUCAACAAAUUGCUGGCAAUCAUCAGAUUGUUAGUAGCUCCGCAUCGAACAUCGUGGCCACAACUACAAAUUCGGUGGUUGGUUCCGCUGGUGGUGCUAUCACUAACAUGGUGAUACCUAGCCCCACCCAAACCAUUUUGCUUACCAAUGGUGCAACGGGGGCCUCAACAAUUAUUACCUAUCAACAAUAUCAGCAAUUGUUGGCGCAGCAGCAGCAGCAACAACAGCAGCAGCAACAGCGUGUAUUGGUUUCACAAAAUGUAGUCAAUGUACCGAUUGGCAGUGUGGUGAGUACCAGUAAUGGUGGCUUGGCUGUUAUCACUGACAGCGUUAACACGAGCUCAUCGUCGUCGGCGGCGGCAACAACAUCGGGUACCUUUUUGCUAACAAAUACCUCAGCAGCGUCGUCCGCAUCAACAUCAUCCUACCAACAGCAAUUGCAGCAGCACAUAAAUGGCGGUGGUGCAACCAAUAAUGGUGUUGUUGUUACCUCAGCUGGCUAUUUGCAGCAACAGCAGCAGCAACAACAACGUUUGAUUACCACCUCCUCGUCCUCCUCAAGUGGAGCAGCCAACACCACCACCACCAUACGUCACUUUUCACAAUUCUCACAACAACCCGCCGCCGUCACCACCACCACCGGCAACCAGCAGCAACAACAACGUACAACGGUAUUAAUAAAUCGCAACAAUAAUACAAUUAUUGCUGGCAAUGCCACACAACGUUUGCAACAUGCCACCAUUUUGAAUACGGCCGGUGGCAAGGCCAUUCCAGCCACAUUAAUUAAGACUCAACAGGUGCUAAAUGCUGCUGCCGCCGGCAAGGGGCAAAUCAUAAAUGUUGUUAAAGGCUCGCCGAUUACAGUGGCCAAUGCCAACAAACAUCAAUUGUUGACAACAACAACAAAGGCAACUGCCACUAGGACUGUAACUGCCAACUUGCCCCAACAGCAGCAGCAGCAACAACAACAGCGUUUCGCAACGGCAGCAGCCACCUCCUCCAACUCCACCACCAACACAACAACAACAACUAUUUUGAAUAACAGCAAUUUAACCAAAAAUCAAUUUCUAAAUUCGAAAACUCAAAUAAAUGCUGUUACCUUGGCUCCCAACAGCAGCAGCAGGACCACCUCAGCUGUGCUAUUGAAACCAAUAACAUCCUCCGCCUCAGCAGCAGCUGGAAACAAUGCAACACAAAAUUCAAUUAUCACAACAUCCUCCUCCGCCCUAUCAACCAGCACUUCAGCAUCAUCAUUUGCAGGCACUGUCGCCAACCACCUAACUUCUUAUACGCAACAAACUACAACAACACCACAAAAUCAAAUGAAUGUUCCUAAUGGCCAUAUUAUUCAUAACAAUCAACAGCAACAACAACAAACCACAACAGCAUCAAUUAAUCACAACAACAACAGUUAUAUUACAACACCCUCAUCCUUAUCAUCAUCGUACAGCAACAAUGUAAACCAAAAUUAUAGCAGCACCACCACAACAGCUAGCAAUACUUCUAUGGCCAACAACAACAACAACAUUGGUUAUUCCACCAACUCCUCAUCAACAUAUGGCACAACCUAUGGAUCAUGCUAUUCAACAGCUUCCUUAUUUACAUCAUCUAAUAAUACCAGCAGCACCACCACAACAACAGCAGCAGCAACAAACAACAAUUCUUCCGCAUCAUCACAAGGCGCCUUGGUUAAAUCAACGGACUCAUCUGCCACACAAUUAACCAAUGGUACCACGGAGACAACAAACACCACCACACCUUCUGCAACAGAUGCAGCUGCCACCACCGCCGCCGCUGAACCCGAAGCCGAACCUGAACCCGAAAUUGAUAUUGUCAUCAAUAAUGUUGUAUGUUCCUUCAGCGUACGCUGUCAUCUGAAUUUACGUGAAAUUGCCUUGAACGGUGCCAAUGUGGAAUAUCGUCGUGAAAAUGGUAUGGUCACAAUGAAAUUAAGGCGACCAUAUACCACAGCAUCCAUAUGGUCAUCGGGACGGAUAACAUGUACCGGUGCCACAUCGGAGGAGCAGGCCAAAAUUGCAGCACGCCGUUAUGCACGCACCUUGGAAAAACUGGGAUUCCGUGCCCGAUUCCACAAUUUCCGUGUUGUCAACGUCUUGGGCACAUGCAGUAUGCCAUGGGCAAUUAAAAUUGUUAAUUUCUCGGAAAAAUAUCGUGAAGCUGCCAGUUAUGAACCGGAAUUGCAUCCAGGUGUUACGUAUAAGCUACGUUAUCCCAAAGCUACAUUGAAGAUAUUCUCAACCGGCAGUAUUACAGUUACUGCUGCUAGUGUUGCACACGUUCAAAAUGCCAUUGAACACAUCUUCCCGCUUGUCUACGAGUUCCGUAAGAAACGUUCACCCGAGGAGUUGGAACAAUUGCGUUUGAAACAAUUGCAAAAUGCCACAUUCGAAGAUAUUGAAGAUGUUGAAAAGGUGUUGCUGGACGAUGAUUUCCCCGGCAUUACGAAACGCAAAUCGAAUACAUUGGACAAAAUGCCCAAUGCCAAGAGAAAACGUACCAAAUUUGGUGGCGAUGAAUUCGGUGAUGAUGAUGAUGAAUUUGGUGCCGAUGAUCCCGAUGAGACAUUAGUUGGUGGUGGCAAUGCGGCUGCCGAUGAUGACGAUGAUAUGGUUAUGUAUGAUCCCAACGAAUCAAUUAUAGCUGGUCCUGAAGAUGAUGAUGAAGAUUUGUAA